UCCACUCUGACAAGCGGAUGCAUUUUACUUUUCUUUUCUCAUGUAGCCUACUUUGUCGCUUCCCCCUUCAACUUAAUCAGCUCGGCGUUGAUAGACAUGUGCCUAAAAUAUUUAGUCUCUGUCUCUAUUUAUGUCUCUAAUUAAUACAGACUUUGGGAAUUUUAUGGUUUCAAAUUGUUAAUAUUUAUUCUAAUUAACACCAGACCGUUUCUGGAGCUUAGCCGAAAGGAUUUGUUUUUUGACAAAGGCAAAGUCUUCAAAGGCGGCAGCCAGCAUCCGCCUGCUAAAGAUUGAGAAGACUGACAAGAAAGCAGGUUUCCUUCCUCUGCUCUUGGAUAGAAUGACGGCUCUCACGAUUGUCAGAGACAAGGACCGGAACCUUAACUCACUGAAGAGACCAGCCAAGAGGGCCUAAAGAACUGAGACUUAAUGUGAAGUGUGUGUGUGUGUGUGUGUGUGUGUAAACCCAACUGCUGGAGAACUGCUGACUGUACAUACCUACUCUACAUUAGGGACAGUGAAAGACUCUGAAAAGAGAGACAUUUUAGGUCAGUUCAGCAAGUUGAACGACCACUGGAAUCUCCAGGAGUGGAGUUACCACAAGUUGCCAAUAAAAAGCUAUGAACGCUGCGGUCCAGACAAGGAAGUACAGCGCGCACAGAGCGAACAACCCCUUUCAUUACUUUGUGGACCGUGCUCCUCUUCAGAUCGACAAGAUCCAGAAAAACCACCCCUGAGACUUUUUCUACCAAACCACAAGCAUCUAGAGGGUUGAAACUGACAGAGGCAACCAUGAACGGCCUGACAGACAUGUCGGUGAAGUGUGUCCUGGUCGGGGACAGUGCAGUAGGCAAGACGGCCCUGCUGGUCCGCUUCACCUCAGAGACCUUCCCAGACGCCUACAGGCCCACAGUGUUUGAGAACACAGGGGUAGAGGUGUACAUGGAUGGAGUGCAGAUCAGCCUGGGGCUGUGGGACACGGCAGGCAAUGACAAUUUUAGACAGAUCCGACCAAGAUCCUACCAGCACGCCGACGUUGUCCUCAUUUGCUACUCUGUGGCCAACCCCAACUCGCUGGCCAACAUCCAGCAUAAGUGGAUCCAUGAGAUUCGAGAUUACUUGCCCAAGGUGCCAGUGCUGGUUGUGGCCACCCAGACGGAUCUGCGGGAGGUGGGAGCGUAUCGGAACAACUGCAUCUCAGCAGCGGAAGGGAAACAAGUGGCUCAUGAUGUCCACGCUAAAGGCUAUCUAGAGUGCUCCUCUUUAAGCAACCGUGGUGUGCAACAGGUGUUUGAGUAUGCAGUGCGGAUGGCUGUGAACCAGGCGAGGAAGCAGGCCAGGCGACGAAUGUUCAGCAUAAACCAGUGCAAAGUCUUUUGACCCUUGACUUGGUGGCCGCCGGAGUCUUCAUGAGAUGACUUUUUCAAUAACAAGCAUUGUGUUAGCAUGCUGUUCACUCAGUGAGGGGUAGAGAUACAAGAACCUAAACCUCUAUUUCACUUAUCAACACAGGGUGUUUUUCACUAACGGAUGUUCUGCCCCUCAAUUAGGCAUACAGGCAGAAUCUCAACUUUUGUAUGAUCCAGGUAGAAAUAUGAAGAAAAUGUUUAUGUUUGAUUCUUCUUAUCUGUUAGGUGAACCACAGUGUGUCGCAGGGAAGUAUUUCAAAUAUUGCAUUAGAGGAUUUGUGUGUUUCAGAAAUGCUACAUUAAGAACUUUUGUAAAGGCAUUUAAAGCUUUAAUAAUGUUGCAGCAUGUUGUUCCUUGCUGAGGAACGCAUCCUGAUGUCACAGUUUGUGGUUGGAUCACCAAAUGAACAUUUGAAUUGUAGCGUAAAAUAAGCAGUGGCCGAGCGCAAAUGAAAUUACACAAUCAAGUUGGAUAGGGGUUUGACGGUAUUAUUCACGUGUGUCAAAAGAGUAAGUCAGUUUUUAUGCUUCUAAAACUAGUUAGCACAUGUUGGCAUUUAUCAGUUAUGACAACUCGGAGAAGCUGAUGGUCAACUUCGCCGCAGCACACGCAGCAUGUUGGCUGUUAUAAUGUUUUAUAAGACGUGACAAGUGAAUAAACUGUCAAUAGGUCAAAGAGUUGACAAACACACUUUCAGCCUAUUUGUUUCUCCAGGUUACAUGUGUUUCUUACAUGUAAAUGUACCAAAUCUAUUUGUUUGAAAUGUGUAGAAGACUCAAACAUUUACAGAAAAUCUAGAAUAAAGAAAAUGACAUUUUGACACUUCAUAUUUUAUCGAAACUAUAUGUCACAUAUUAGUGGCUAUUGUUGAUUUUUUUUGUUAAUAGUUUUUUUUCUUAUUUAACUGUAUAUGUCCUUUUACAAAAUACAGUACAAAUAUUAAGACAUGACUACAUAUGUAUCAUACAAACUGUCCACAUUGGUAUGUGUAACUGGAUUAACAAAUUCAAUUUGUAUAAAUUUAAAUUCAGAAUUCAAAGCAUUGACACAGUGUUGUUUUAUUCAUAUGUGCACAGUUGUUCCUCAUAGUGAAGGACUGUUUGAAUUUAUUAUUUAAGUAGCUUGUUUGAAAUAUGUGCAGUUAUUUUUCCCAGUAAUGGCUGUGUUAUGUCACCGUGCCUUUCUGUCUUUUUGAGAAACUUUGUGUUGGAUUUUUAUUAUAGGUGUGCAUGCAUAAUGAAAGCACACUUUUCAGCCUUACUUGACGUAACUCUGUCGAAUAAACUAAAAUCAGAAUCAUAUAUGUUGUAAAAGGUAUAAUUUAGAUAUUUUGCAUAUAAACAUCUGGUCUGUUUUUUA